ACCGGGAAAAGCGGUGCAAACUGGCCGCGGUGUUCGUUCAAAAUUUGUUAUCACUGUUCACUGAAGUCGAGUAUAGUUUUGUUCGUGAAUUUCUUCAGUUUAUAUCCAGAAUAUAUUUAUUUUUUCGCGAUCUGUGUAUUUUCUUCAAUGCCUACGGCAAUGGCAACCAUAGAGCACGCCACGCAGCUGCUGGACUUCUCGCAAAAACUCGAUAUAACUUUACUAGACUCCGUAGUGUCAUGUUUUUACAUGGCCCAUGGACCUCAGGUUGACAAAUUCUUUCGAUUGUUUUUAUAGUUAUUGAAACUGUAGGUUUAUUUUCGAGACCGUUCUUACCUAAGAAUGGUUCUUUUCCUCUUCAGCAACGAAUGGCAGACCAGAUCUUGACUCAACUGAAGCAGCACCCGGACGCCUGGACUCGAGUAGAUACUAUUCUCGAAUACUCAAACAAUCAACAGACCAAGGUACUCUGAACUGGGAAUUUGUGGUUGUUUUUUUAAAAGAUUUUUUAACUAUAUAUAUGUGUGUGUGUGUUUUUUUAUUAUAGUACUUUGCGUUACAAAUACUUGAAGCAGUCAUCAAGACGCGAUGGAAAAUUCUCCCAGCAGAGCAGUGCGAAGGUCAGAAACUUGCUCAUACUACUGCACGAGCUAGCAUUAAUUUGCUAUUUCUCGUUCAUAUCUUGGAAAAGUGGCCGAUUUCAAAUGUCCGUUUUAUUUCUCCUCAGGAAUAAAAAAGUACAUUGUUGGUUUGAUAAUAAAAAUUUCUUCUGAAGCUGAUAUGUUAGAGGUGAAUGCUUUGUUUGUAAUUUCUGCAUGGAAAUUAAUGUUUGAUUGUUUCUUGUGCUUAUUAACCAUUGUCUGAUCUAACGUCUUUUAGAUAAUUUGAGGUUUUAGUGAAUUAAAGUUGCCUUUAUUUUAUUUCCUGAACAGAAAGAGAAGACGUACGUUGGCAAGUUGAACAUGAUUUUAGUGGAGGUAUGGUUUUGAUGUCAGUUUCGAUUUCAAAGGGAGAUUCCCGCCAAAAUAGUUCUGUUUGGAAUGCGAGGUGCUUUCGGAAGCAUUUAGCAAAAAAUCGUGUUAGAAAGAUCUCUGUGUAUGCUAUUCGGCAUAAAUUGUGUGGUAUUUUUGCCUGAAAGUCAAUUUUGUGUAAAUCCUAGGUAUUAGUUGUUUAGUUGGCUAAGUACGAGUGGGGGUUGCCGCAGGUGUAUCGGAUUGUUUACAACGUCGUCUAAUUUUAGAACUGGCUCUCAGCUAUGGGUGCUCAUUUUUUACUUGAUUUUUUUUUUUAAAUUAUGCAAAUUGCUGGGUUGAAUCGUGUCGAGCGUUUUCAGAGAUGAAACUUGUUUUGUAAAUUAAAAUUUCGUACACAACAUCUACCUUCAAGCUUUGUUAUUGUGGCAACUGGGUCAGGGGAGGUGUAGUUGGCUCCGUAAUUCUGGCGUAUAAUUUGGCAAGUGUCCAUAUAUUCCCACAUAAUUUUAAGUAUUAAUGUUCUUUUGUUUGUUAACAGUCUUGUGCGAGAAGCGUAUCUGUUUUGAGUUAAUGCACUGCAAUAAUCAGCUUCAUUUUGUUUGUCCAUUCUAUAUAAAUAUAUAUAGGCUUGCAUUAACGUCACAUGUCACACUCAGAUUGAUUUAAUGAAGUUAAGCUUCAUCUGCAUAUGUAUGUUGUGGUGCAUUAUUUAAUCCUUCAUUUAAAUUUAAUUUCCUUUGUUUCAAACUCAUUAUUAUACAUUGCAAUACCUGAAGAGAAAGGAAAAUAAAAUUUUAACCAAGAAUAAAAUUGAACCACAGCAUUUUUUUUUUUUUCAAACAUAAAUUAAGUCAGUAAACUGUAUAAGGUAAACUAGGCAGUGGAUUUAACUGUUUCACGACCAAGUGCAUCUUAACUCAGUUUUAACGGCUAGGAUUUACUUUAUUGUAUAAAUAAUAAACUCUGAAACUAUUUAAAAGUUCAUUUUAAAAAAAAAUCGUUUUGGAAAUACAGUUUGAAACAAGAAUAAUAAUUACUGUUGUUUCAAAAUGUAUUUCCAAAAGAAAUAACUUGAAGUUUUUUUUUUUUUUGCUGCAUGUCAUCAUUCUCAAAAGCUAAGAAAUGAACAUGAUUUAUCCACAAAUAAUGUUAAUUUCUCAGCUUUUGAUAAUAUGACAUGUAGCCAUCGAAACGUUACGUUGCGUUUAUACGGUUGAUAUUUGCAUACAUUUAAUUUUGUUGACCUUCAUCUUGUAGGGUUUCAAUACAUGUAUAUGUUGUAGUUAAUUUUUUAUCUCAGAUAAUUUUUAUUUUCCCUUGUUUCAACUUAAUUAGUAUACAUUAUCAUACCCAAAAACAAAAGAAAAAUCGAAAUUACCUGAGAUAAAAAAAUUAACUACAACAUAUAUCUUUGCCAAUGUCAGGCAAUAAGAGUAUCAUACGUCUUUUUCUAGAUUUUGAAGCAUGAAUGGCCAAAGAAGUGGCCAACGUUUGUUGGUGACAUAGUGGGUGCAAGUAAAGCAAAUGAGUCUCUGUGCCAAAACAACAUGGUGAUUCUAAAGCUACUCAGGUAACUGUUGUGAUAAAGCUAUGGCUCAGAUAUUAAAAUUUACAAGAACUUGUGUUGUUUGUUCCUUUUGGAAAUUGUCUUCAUCAUUUAUGAUCCUUGUCAGGCAUACAUCCCAAAUUUUAAUCCACCCCUCCCUCCCCUCAUUUUUUACAUCAAGGGUGUAAAGUGGCCUUCCUUUUUUUUCUCAGUGAAGAGGUUUUUGAUUUCUCCAGUGGCCAGAUGACUCAAACAAAAGCAAAACACUUGAAAGACAGGUUGGAAUGCUUAGAAAUAUCACAUUAGUUUGCUUUGAAUUGCCUUUAUAUAUGGUGCAGUUAAUUUUUUUUUGUUUUUCCUUUGUUUUAAAUUCAUUAGCAUACAUUACCAUACCCAAAAACAAUGGAAAAAUAAAAACUAACUGAAAUAAAAAAUUAACUACAACAUACGUAUGAUUGUCAGGACUUGAACAACAUUAAUUUUUGCUCUAUCUAUGUUGUCAGCAAUGAAGAGAUUGCCUUUUCAGUGUUUAAGUUGUCAUUUGUUCAAAUCUUGUCGGGGACUUGGGCACUUUUUGGCCAUUCCAUGUUCUUUUUGUGAUGGUUGUUACAACUUUCCCUUUUAGUACCAGUCUUCACAUGUUUGUUUAUUUAUUUAUUUAGCACUGUAGUCUCUUAUUGUUGAUAUUUUACCAUAUUUUUUUUGCAGCUUAACUGAAAUGUUCCAUCAUUUUAGUGGGAUUUGUUGAUUAAAAAAAGAGCCAUUUAUCUAGCUCUCUUAUAAAAUUAUCUUAUAUAGUGGCAUUCUUUUUACUGAAUGAUAUUUUUUUAUGCAGUAAUUAUUGCAUACUGUAAUAGUUAGUAGAACAAGUUGUAAUAACUCUAACAAUUUAUCAUUUUUCAGUAUGUGCAGUGAGUUUUCACAGAUAUUUACUCUGUGCCAGUUUGUUAUGGUGAGUUAAGUCAACAGGCAAAAUUUGGCAGCAGUCUGUGGUUUAAUUGUGUAAAUUUUCAUUUAUUUGUUAGAGGGGGAGUCUCGAUUUUAUUUUGUGGCUGCAUGUGUGACUAAUACUUGUAAAUCUUCUCAUUUAAUAUUGCUAUAUUUGUCCACUUUUUUUAGGAGAACUCUUCAAAUGUUACUCUCAUAGGUGCAACUUUAGAGGUAGGUCGAGAAUUGUUUAAAGAACGAAUUAUUUUUGACUGCAAUUAAUUUUUUUGUUCUUGUAGAGUGGCAUUGCACUUAGGCCACCAAUCAUGGCAUUGCACUUGAGACACUGAAAAAUAAGCCACUCAGUAAAACAUGCUGAGUUUGAAAGUGUUUCGAAUUGAUGCUGAUUUAGCAUUUUUUAAUUCACGAGUGGUCAAAAUAUUUCCAAUUUUUUUCAAGGACUGUGGAGAGUGUUAUAUAUCUCCUCAAUUCCUUAUGUAAUUUAUGUACUUAUUUCGCAGACACUUCUGCGUUUUCUCAACUGGAUUCCUCUUGGUUACAUAUUUGAGACCCAGCUUAUAAGCACACUUGUUUACAAGGUAACAGAAUCAUUAACAUUUCAGUUUAUUUUUGCCAAUUUUAAAAUCGUGUGAUUUAUUUCAUUGAAUUUAAACUAAACGAAACUCUUUCCUCUUCAGUUCCUUAAUGUACCUAUGUUCAGGAAUGUGACCUUAAAAUGUCUCACCGAAAUUGGUAAGUCAGCCAGAGUUUAAGGAUAAAAAGCAACUCUAUUAAAACAUGAUGUUUUGGCGAUGACAUAUCACCAUUAUCAAAUGCAAAUGAAAGAGACUAUGGAACAACAUUUAGGGGAAACGAAGAUGUGAAACACAUCAUUAAAUUUAAAGAACAAAAGAUUGAAAUAAUUAUGAGAGUUGCUUUACAUGUAAUUUUAGUUAGAUUUUCCCUAAAUUGGACUCGUAUUUUCAAAACACAGCUGGCAUUGGUGCUAACCAGUAUGAUGAGCAGUUUGUGGUGCUGUUUACACUUACAAUGGCCCAGUUAAAACAGGUUAGUUUGACUUAUCUUAUCAUAUGAUAAAUUAUUUUAAUGACUGUGAAAUGUCCUCUCUGGGAAUUGGAGAGGUUUCUAAUACAGGUCACACUCCACAGAUCACCAUUGCAGGUCAACAACAACAUGUUUAUUUCUCCUGUAAACAGACAACUAAAAGAAUUUACAAGAAAUAUAAUUAUUGGUUUGUAUAGUAAUCAAAGGUACAUCUUCAGAGCACUUUUUCAUGUGACAAUUAAACACAAAUGCUCUUUGUCUAUAUUAUCCUUUACUUUAGAUGCUUCCCUUGACUAUCAACAUCAAAGAUGCUUAUGCAAAUGGAAAGGAUGAUGAACAGAAAUUUAUUCAGAACCUGAGUCUGUUUCUCUGUACAUUCCUGAAGGAGCAUGGCCAGUUGGUGGAAAAGAAGGUAUUAACCUUUUAAAUACACAGAUUCUCCACGCUGUUCUUUAUACAUUUCCUUUCGCACUGAUGAGGAGAAUUGUAAAGCAAAAUAACCUCUUUUAGCCUGUGGAUACCCACUGGGUAUCCCAAGAGUUUUUUUUAUCGGUUUUGAUAUGCAAAUGUGUCACUCACUCACUUUGUGUUGACGGAGAUCAGCUCUUCGGCUCCAACCUGAACUCACUGCUCGAUAUGAAAACAACAUAGUUCAUUGUCGCUGAAGGGCGUCUGAGUUGAGCAUUCGCGUAUGCAUCCUCGUAAGAGAACCCUGGGAAUUUAUUAUUAUUAUUAUCAUUUUCAUCGGAAAAAAAAUAAGAGAUUCAAUGGGAUUUAAACCCAUCACUGGCUACUGCAUUAGCACAGCAGUGCUUGACCAAUGGAGCUAUGAACACCCUCACAUUAAGAGCAGGAUGAUUUCAAUGUUGAGUUAAUUUUAACUUGUUCAUCAAUUAAAAUUUGUUCAUUAUUUUUAUCUCUUUUUUGUUGUUUAUUCAUGUAGGAGGAACUUCAUACUACAUUGUUGGAGGUAGGUAUAAAGCUUAAACAUUAAGGUAUCAUUUGGUAAUUGAGGCAUGAAACAGAAUGUGUUUUUGUUAUUGGAUUGGAAUGAUAAUCUUGUAAGUGAGCUAGUUUUAUUCUCUUCUUGACAAGAGAGAAAAAGAACAUUCCAAUUUACCAGUCAAGGACUGUUAACCAGUUUUAAGUUUCUUUUUGUAGGCUCUUCAUUAUCUCGUCCUCAUCUCUGAAGUUGAAGAAACAGAAAUCUUUAAGAUUUGUUUAGAGUACUGGAAUGCUCUGGCAUCUGAUCUGUAUCGUGAGAACCCGUUCCCUUCAAGCACUCCUCUUUUGAUUGGCACCUCUCAAUCACAAUCAGUCCCACCUAGGAGACAAAUGUAUCUAUCCGUGCUAUCUAAAGUAAGUUGGUAAAAAUGGUUAUCACUUUCAUCACCAGAAACUCGGGCACCUUUAAAGUGAUUUCUUUUUUGGACAAGUGCAAAGUAACGGGUUGAUUUUUGACACAGCUAGAACAAGUACUUGAUAUGAGCUGACUGUUCUUUCUACUGUGUUAUAUUUGCUGGUGUGUUUGGCUUGAUAAAGAGUAGGAUCACAAUAUUUAAGUUUUUUAUACUAUUGAGUUACAGCACCUGUUAGUAGCAUCAAGUAAAACUGAAAUGUCUUCCAAGCACACUCUUAACCUUGAUUUUUUUGAAAAGGUGUUCUUUAUACUAUUGAGUUACAGCGCCUGUUAGUAUCAUCAAGUAAAACUGAAAUGUCUUCCAAGCACACUCUUAACCUUGAUUUUUUUGAAAAGGUGUUUGAAAGAGGAAAACGUUGUCUCAAAAUUUGAUGGAGUUACAUCUUUUUGUGUUAAACUUAAAGCAACAGAACUUAUCAUUGGAAAGAUGGAUAAAUGAAUAGUAUUUGGUUAUACAUGCCUCAAAAAUUGAUUUGUGUUUGUAUGUUUUUUUUUGUUAAGGUACGCCUAACAAUGAUCUCAAGAAUGGCAAAGCCAGAGGAGGUAGGGAUGGAAUCUUAAGUACAGUGGAAUUUGUACUUGAUAAUAUAAUGCUCAACUUCUGUAAGUUUUAUAAGACCCUGCAUUUUAAUGCAUAAGCAACAAAAUAGUUCACACUGACCAAGUUCAACUGGAUUUGAAUUUGAUUCAUCUUUGACUUUGUAGGUGUUGGUGGUUGAAAAUGACCAGGGUGAAGUUGUCAGAGAGUUUAUGAAGGACACAGAUGCUAUCAACUUGUACAAGAACAUGAGAGAAACUUUGGGUAAGUGUUAUCAUUGCAAUGGCUAAAUCUGUAAACCUCAUUAAGAAUUCCUUGACUGGAGGCUUUGAAGAAUGCAUAAAGCAUGUUUUUCUUGAUAAUUUUGUUUUGCCUUUUGCUGUAGUGUACUUGACACAUUUGGAUUACCAGGAUACCGAGAGAAUCAUGACAGAGAAGCUUCAGAAUCAAGUCAAUGGAACUGAAUGGUCCUGGAAGAAUCUUAACACGGUAUGUUUGUGAUGAAAAUCUUGCUGCUGUUUGAGAUUUCUUCUUUUCGUUGAUUAUGGCACCAUUUGCCAGCUAUUUACCAGCUAUAAAUAUACUAUUAAUUGUACUGAUAAAUUUCUAAGAAAUAGUUCAAAAAUCCACAGAAAAAAGGGGGACGAAGGCCCACGACCCAACUCGUCUGUGGCAGUUGAGAUACUUUUCAUUAAUGACAUUCCAUUUUUAGACAUAUUUAUUUCUAAUCAGUCAUUUGCUUGGCCCUGAUAGUAAUACUACUGACAGAAAAUAUAUAAAUUUUAUUUUACUUUUUUCUAAUAUUAACUGAAUGAUUGUGUUGUAUUUUUAGUUGUGCUGGGCAGUUGGAUCAAUCAGUGGAGCUAUGCAUGAAGAGGAUGAGAAAAGAUUCCUGGUGACUGUUAUCAAGGUAUACUGAAUCUUAAACAUGACUUUGCACUUUUGCCUCAUAAUUUGUUUCUUCACUUCGUUUAUUACUGAUUAUCAUUUGUAUUCAGUAGCCACUAACUGAUCAAUUCUUUUCUUCAGGAUCUUCUUGGUCUGUGUGAAAUUAAACGUGGCAAGGACAACAAAGCAAUAAUUGCAUCAAACAUAAUGUAUAUAGUGGGGCAAUAUCCCAGAUUUUUAAGGUAAAAUAGUAAUAAUCAUUUUCUUCUUUCUCUUUUUCUGAAAAAUCGUAGUUUGUAUCAUGAGGGUUUACUUACUAAUUUUUUGUACCAUAUAUCAAUACUUACAUGUCAACAAGAUAUGGGUUUUAACAGCUGUAAUGAAUUGUAUGUUUCAAUUUUCAUUUAUGUUUGAAAUCAUGAUACAGAAUAUCAGAUGUUUCUUCCUCCCCAUAUAUGCUUCAGUCUGAAGUAGUUUGAGUCUUCAGAGUGAGUACAUGAAGAAAUGUUAGUGACUUUGGUUGUAAUUUUGUAGGGCUCACUGGAAGUUUUUGAAGACUGUAGUGAACAAGCUGUUUGAGUUUAUGCAUGGUAUGUUUACUUAUUCCUUUGUAUAAUUAAAACUGUGCCUUGAUGCUGUGGCAAGUAGAUGUAGGAGAACAUUUUAUUUUUCUUCAAGCAUUAAGAUGUUAGCAGCAGCCAGUUCUCCAUGGAGAACCUCUUUCCAUCAAAAUAUGUAUUUCCUUUUCAAUAUGUACCAGUAUAUGUACCUUUUCAGUUUUUCUGCCGUUCUAAAUACACAGCAGGCCUAUUUCUGAGCAACCUGAGAAUAUAGUAAAUUGAUUUUAAGAUCAAAUCAAAAUGUGAGGUUAAUGCAUUAUUCUUUAUUUUAUUAGAAACACAUGAUGGUGUUCAAGACAUGGCUUGUGAUACGUUCAUCAAAAUUGCUCAGAAAUGCAGAAGACAUUUUGUACAGGUAAACAAGUAGAACUUAAAAACCUUAUUAUAUUAUAGGUGGGUCUUGCCAAGCUGUGUAUCUUAAUAGUAGUUAACUUUUUAUAUGAAUUUCUGUAACAGCAAUAGUAGUAGUAGUAUAAGAAAUUUUAGUAUUAGUUUAGUAAUUUAAUAUACGGUUUUUCUGUGUCAACACGCCCUUCAUGGAAAAUGGAGCGUGUUUCUCUUGUAAUUUGAAUUUUUAAAUAAAGCAUUACCUUCCUACCAAGACGUUGCACGGUCUUUUGAAAAGUAAAAACCCUCACCUGGUUGUUGAGCAUCAGUCUGCCAAGCAUGAGGUCACAGGUUCAAACCCCAGCUGAACAAACAACUAGGGUCUUAAAAAUUGCAGUAGUGUCGUGCCAGCUGUGAUAAGAUCUGUCACAGUUCUGAUAAUCGAGUCGAUGGGCGUUGAUGUGAAGCCAUUGGAACCCACGCUGCUGUUUGAGAAGAGUGUGGAUGUAGACUCUGUUGCUGUGGUCUGUUGGUCUCUUGUAGGGGGAGGGAACUGUCACUGGACUUCAGUGACUUCACAAUGUUACAAUAAGCCUGCUAAGAAUUGGCGAAUCUAAAUAGAAUUUAAUAAAAUAUAAUAAAAAACGUUAUUAUCUGACUAGUUAAUUUGAGUUGAAUUUUAUUUCCCAGGUUCAAGUAGGAGAAGUUAUGCCCUUCAUAGAGGAGAUAUUAAAUAAUACGCAGUCUAUCAUCUGUGAUCUUCAACCCCAGCAGGUAACAUUAUUUUUUCACCAAGUGCUAGCAAAGUAAUUAAAUCCUUUUCAAUAUGCUUCUCUGAAUUCAUUGUUGAAGAACCUGAACACUUCUUAGGUGUCUUUUGAUAAUGCCAGCAUAAUAGAAUGUUUUAAUACUUGUGUACAUGUAUAAGAAGGGCUGAAGAUCUUAAGUACCACAAAUAAGCUCAUGGUAACUAUGAAAUUAUACCAAAUAAUUUUGUGUUUUGUAACUUUUGUCUACAUGGAAACUUUGAUCCCUCGUGUGCUGUUCUAAUAUUACUAGGCUUAGUACGUCAGACAGAGUCAAAACACUGUUACACUAGUGGCAGCUAUGAAUGAUUGAAAGUCAAAGCACAAUAACUAUUUAUCCACAAACCGAUCUUUUUACUCAUGAGUUUUCUUUUUGUUAGGUCCAUACUUUUUAUGAGGCUGUUGGCUACAUGAUCAGUGCACAAACAGUAAGCUCUCUCUUCAUAAUUCAUGUUACCCUGCCAGCAGUGGUUUCUCCAGGCCGGACACUACACUAGAAGCGUACAUCCCUACGUAGCGUAGCGUCUGGCCUGGAGAGACCACAGCUGGCAGGGUAUGUUGCUGGGAGCCUGUCAUUUUGGUUUAUUUACUGACAGGAAGUAUAGGACUCUACACUUGUUUCCAUUUUUUAAAUUCAGGAUUCAGUUGUCAUGGAGAGAUUGAUUGAGAAGUACAUGUCACUUCCAAACCAAGCUUGGGACAAUAUUGUGAAAGAAGCAACAAGGGUAAGCAAUUUUCAAUGUGUUGAGAAAAUUUAGUGACCUUUCAAAGCCAAAAACUGUUCAUGAAAAGUCACACUCACCUGCACUUGCUUUUUCCCAUUCACCACUUAAAAAAAAAAAGAGGGUAACUGGGGCAAGUUGACUUUUGCAAAGACUUCGGGGAUCAUUACUGAGAAUACUUUGGUCAGUUAUUGUCCAUUUUUUUUUUCACUGUCCCCAGUAACAGCCCCAGAACUCUGAGAAAGUUGGCUCAGUCCAGUUUCGAUCUCAUUUAUAGAGUGGCAAAUAGCUCUUACUUUCUUGAAAUGAUUCAGUGCAUUUAAAAAUGCACUUCCAAAAUACAUUUCUUAAUUAACAUGUGUUUGAGUAACUUUUAUUGAGUCACUCUGAUUUUGUUUCUUUUCUGCAGAAUAUUGACCACCUAAGGGAAAUUGAAGUUGUUAAACAGUUAGGAAAUAUUCUGAAAACAAAUGUCAGAGGAUGUAAGUCCGUGGGUCAUCCUUUUGUUACCCAGCUGGGCAGAAUAUACUUGGACAUGCUCAAUGUAUACCGCUGUCUCAGUGAAAACAUUUCUGUUGCGAUAGCUGAGAAUGGUGAGAUAGUUACAAAACAGCCUCUUAUCAGAGCUAUGAGAACUGUUAAAACAGAAACACUUAGACUCAUAUCCACAUGGGUAAGCAAGUCAAAUGAUGCUAAGCUUGUCUGUGACAACUUCAUUCCUCCUUUAUUGGAUGCCGUGCUGGGAGAUUAUCAAAGAAAUGUGCCAAAUGCCAGAGAACCUGAAGUCCUAAACACUAUGGCAACAUUCGUCAACAAGCUUGAGGUUUGUAUUGAUCUGUUCCUUUUAUUGUUUUUUUAACCUGCGCGUAGGGUUGCUGUGCUCAAUGCUCAACAGGCGUUUGGCUUGAAGUGAAGUUUUGGUGACAGCCUCUUUCCCCUGCAAAGGCUCCUGUCUUCCAAUAGAAAAUAAUUAUUGUAAGGGCACUGUGGAUGGUGGGAAUAAGGAAAAGCAAUCAUCUCCUGCAUGCUUUCGGUUUUCCUCUCCCAUCCUCCCUGCAAUACAAGAGGCCUCUGCAAAAGAGAUAGGGUGUCAGUCGUGAAAUUAUCACCCCAAGGACAAUAAUUUAAUUAUAUUAACAGAGAGCUUUAGAUUUGAGGACAAGAAUGAGAUUAAACUUCUAGUUUUUGGGUGUGUUCUCAAAAAAAGACACCCUGGAAAGCUUCAUUUUACUUUUUUUCACCAAAAACGUUAGUACGGAUAUUUAUACUAAAGCAGGCUCUCUCCUGAUAGCAAAAUGAUAAAACUUCUUACAUUUGAUAACUUGUUCUCGCUACUGCAAUAAUUAUUCUUGCUAAAUCCCUUUGUAGAAUGACAACAGCUGUCUUGUUUUCCCGCCAAAAUGACACUGGCUCACGCGUGCACAAUACUUAAUUUUGAGAAAAUCUUGUACUCAUAGUCGUCCUCGUCUUCAAAUCUUAAGCCCUUUAAUGUUAGCAGCUCUGAACCAUGAGGGCCACUAAGCUUAAAAAAAUGCUCCAUGUUCUUAGCACUCUGUGCCCAUUCACUAAGGAGAGUCAUAAAAUUCCUGAUGUGUGCAUGCAUUUUUUCCUCGACCAUGUAGAACUAAUACAAUGCAAAAACUGUUCUUGUCUUUUUGUACUUGUUUUUCAAGCUGAGAUUCACAGUUUCUUGUCUAUGGUUAUGGCUUUUUUUGGAAAAGACAAAAUAUUAGGAUAAAACAGUUUUAGUAUUUUUCUCAAGUCCAUAACACAUACUGAAAAUGUUUUAUAAUAGAGUUCUUUCCUAUUUUCAGAGGAAUGUAACGGAACAUGUUCCAAAAAUAUUUGAUGCAGUGUUCGAGUGCACACUAGAAAUGAUCAACAAGGUCAGUAUGCAAAUUUAUUUUACUUCUGCCGGGUACAGUGAGUGUUUCACUGCCUUGUGGUACAUUCAUAUUUUGCUCUGUUCAAUUUGAAUAUAACAGUGCAAGUUUUCUCUUUUUUUUAGAACUUUGAAGAAUUUCCUGAACACAGAACAAACUUUUUCCUUCUUCUUCAAGCUGUUGUGCAGCACUGUUUCCAGGGUAAGUUAUGCAAUAAUAUAUUAUUACUCCACAGUAUAUGACUGUACUACUUUUGCACCGCAUGCUCAGUACUUUAAAAUUUGUAAUGCAUAUGACAAAAUCUUAUUGUGUUGUCAACAAUUUCAUCUGGGAAAUGUGAUUAGACCUGGUGAAAAGCUGACUAGUUCCGUGAAGGAAUAACUUUGCAAAAAAAAGGUUGUUUCUGGCAGGCAACAGUAGAGGAAAGGAUAUUCAAUAGUGAGAAAAAACCUACAAUGUUGCAUUCAUUCCAUUGUCCACAGAAACAAAGAAUUUUCAAUGGUGCAUUUAGUUUCUGUCAUGAUGCAAAAGGUGGUGACUUGACUCUCUGAUGUUUUGUCUUGAAAAGAAGUGCAAAACAAACAAAUGUGGGUGAAUGUUCUGUGAAUAUACUUGAAAGCCAUGUGCAAAUAUUUAGGCCAUUUUGAGCAAAAAAGUCUAAACUUGACCGAAGAUGGUUUCAAUUGCAUCUUGCACUGGUUGUGUCAUGCAAUGCUCCUGAUCUGUGACAGCAUUUUUUAACUCUCUCCAUAACUUUACCAAAAAAACAAUUUUCUUUCACUGUAUAUUCCUUCCCUCCUCCAACCCUGCCCCUUUCAGUUUACAUAGCUCAAAAGUGUUUAUUUAUUUAUCAUAUUUCCACAGCACUGUUAUCAAUUCCUGCUCAGCAGUUCAAGCUGGUUCUGGAUUCUAUAGUCUGGGCAUUCAAGCACACCAUGAGAAAUGUUGCUGAUAUUGGUAUGAAGGAGUUCUAUGCAUCAACCCUCCAAGUUAAAGUUUUUGCUUGGUUGCCAUUUGGCAACCAACUCUUUUGGUUUACGGAGACUUUUUUUACAAAUCAAGUCGCCAGCUCCAAAAUUUUAGGCGCCAUGGCGACCAAAAUGGUCACAACUUGGAGGGUUGUGCAUACAUGCACAUUGCUCUUAGAUUAAGUAAUUAUCAGAUUAUUGAUUUUUAACAUGUUGACUCUUUGUAGGCCUCCAUAUUCUUUACUCCUUGUUGAAGAGCCUAGAACAAGAAACAGCAGUACAGAGUUUCUAUCAGACGUACUACAUGAUGAUUGUACAACAUGUUUUGUCAGUAGUCACAGAUACAUCACAUACAGCUGGUUAGUAUGAGAAAAAUGAUUAUUUUUUGUAGUCAGUGACACAGAUGGCUCAGAAGAAAAAAUUUGAGUACUCCCAAUAUGCAGGGUUUGUAUAAGUCUUGAAAUUGCCCAACAAUUUUCCAGUCCUGGAAAAAUUCUGGAAAAUAUAGAUAAAGUUUUUUUGAAAGUUACCAUGAGUGCUUUACAAGUGAAUUUUUUAUUUGUGCUGGCCAAAUCUUAUUCAAUCCCACCUGUAUGUUUGCAGUGCAUCAUGGAAAAAGCUUUUUGUUCCUUCAUUUUUUUAAGGUCUCUAUUGAUCACCUAUUUGAUAACCUUGAGUCUGUCUAAAAAUCUGUAUGAACCCGGAAUAGGUGUAUGACCUCCUAUGACCUUCUGGUUACUAGUCCAGAUGCUCUACCACUAAGCUACAGGAGACUUGUGGGAGCUUUUAAGGCCACUAAAAUGCCAAUUUGUGCUUAGGCAUUACGAUAAAGAUGUGAUAGUGAAUUUGAAGCCUUUGCUGCUGAUAGUCAAGUGCCUUUUGGUGCAAGAUGCUUAUUACUUUUGUUCAGAUUUAGCUAAAAUUUUCACAGUUAAAAAGACCACUAAAAAACAUGCUUUCUAAGAGCAUAAAAAUUUGCCCUCCUCUUACAAAUAUACGAGUAAGGCUCCGAAAUAAACUGGCCCUACUCAACCAAGUUUAUUUGUUUUAUUGUACUUUUUUAAAAAUCCUGGGCAUUUACAGUUGAGUAGGAGGGUUUUAAAGAAGUCUUUAAUUCUUUAGGGAAUUUGCUUAACCAAACCUCAGUCAUAAUAAAAAACAACUCUGUUUUCCUUUCUGUAGGUUUAACAAUGCAUGCCACCAUCUUGGCCCACAUGUUCAGUCUAGUUGAGACAAACAAAGUGUCAGAGCCUCUUUUUCCUGCAGGAAGUGUGCAGUACCCUUCUAAUCAGGUAUUUGACAUAAUAAUACUUCACUGUCCAAUAACCACCCUAUAACUAGUAACAAUGAACAGAGCUAAACUUUUCGCAUUUUUUUACAUACAGUCAACUCUCUUUAAAACAGACACCGUUGUGACAGGCAACAAGUGGCCAUCUUACCUAGAUGUCUAUCUUGUACAGAGUCAAGUAAAGGAAGUAAAUAAAGGCAGGGACAAACUCUAGGUGUCAGUUUUACCAAGGUGUCCAUCAAGAGAGUGCUGACUGUAAUAAUUUGCAAACUCAGAGUUGAUUCAGAACCUUUUUGCUAAGCAAAGGAAAUAAAGAAAAUGUAUUGUGUACCAGCCCCACACUUACAUUUUUGGCCCUGAUUAUCUAACACAAGUCUUAAAACCUGAUCUUUGUGUGAAUAACAACUAAAGGUUAAGUUUAAAAAAAUUUAGAUAAUUUAACCGUAGGAAAGUUCAGCAUUCCUAAAAGUAAAAAAGAUUCCUCAAGUUUCUCCCCACAGAAAUGCUUAAAUUGGAUAGACUUACUUGUUAAGUUUUUAUUAUUAUUUUUUAAUUGAUUAAGGAAAGAUAACUGUUUGAUUUCUUAUCUGGAUUGUUAAUUCUCAUAGGCUUAUGUCCAAGAGUACAUUGCUAAUCUUCUGAAGCAAGCAUUUCCACAUUUGCAAGAGUAAGUUGGCUUUGUUUGUGAAUACCUCUUAUUUGCAUUAAACUUUGGUGUCAGGUUAAUUCUCACCCUCUAUUUGUUGCUCUAAUGUGUCAACAACAAAAAGGUAAUAAAACUAAGUAGCGAAAGCUAGCAUUUGGCUUCUUUGGGACUUGGAGCUUGUAGAGGAUCUCAGACACUGUUACUCUUAGCAAUCAUUUUUAGGGGAGUAAUUUUUGGAAUGUUGGGAAUGAUACUGCCUAUUGACAGGGGAGAAAAUCUCUUUACUGUUCCAAACAUGCUUCUUAUAUUAAGAGAGUUUUUCAGAGGCAAACAGAUGAGUUUCCCUUAUCGUCUCUCAAUAUUAUUAUGAGCUCUAUUUGGAGAAGUUGAACUUUACUUGUUUUUCCUUUUUGUAUUUGGAUGAAAUUGUGAUGUGAGUAUUCCAUGUUCAGUGCACAGAUUAAACUGACAGUUCAGGGACUGUUUGACCUAAACCAAGACAUCCCAGCCUUCAAAGAACAUUUACGAGAUUUCAUGGUACAAAUCAAGGUUAGUAUAUUAGCCCUUCAUGUAUGAAAUGUACUUAAUUAUGAAAAAUGUCAAGUUCAUUUUUUGAUACUAAAAUACAAAUAGUUUUCCAUUGAAGCUUCUGAAGUCAGGGUUCUGGUUGAAAAAUUCAGACAUUUUUUGAAGUAGGUGUUAUAAAUAAGCUCCUGCCAGGUUUUCAUUGAAUUGAUGAUAAAAGCAAGUAGAGCUGUUGUGGCUCCUGUAACUGCUGUGUUUUAUUGAAAGCUCCCCAGUGCAAAAAGGUUCCAUGGAAUGUCCUAGGUAAUAUCAAUUUUAGAUUCUCCGUUUGUGGCACAAACAAACACAAGGCAACAAAAAGGAGAAUUUAAAAGUUUAUCAAAAGUCACUUACAUCCUGUAAGGCUUUUUUUAUUGCACCUUACGAUCUUCUUUUCAUACUCAAAAAGUUAGAACCAAACCACAUUACAGGUGUUCAUUAUUAACCCUUAUGGGAAUGCAUUUUUAUAAAUAACUGAUAUAAAAUUAUUAAAUGAAAUGAUUGUGAAUUAAAAUUUUAAAUAAUAAUUAAAAUUAAUCAAUUAGUAGUGUUAAUAUUUGAAAACAAAAUUGCACAAUUUAGUAUGUAAGCUAAGGGAAAUGAUUUCCUUUCUGUUUCAGGAGUUCAGAUCAGAGGAUGUGAGCGACUUGUAUUUGGAAGAACGAGAACAGCAACUUACUUCUGCGCAGGAAGAAAAACGAAAGGUUCAGCUCUCAGUGCCUGGAAUAGUUAACCCUCACGACAUGCCAGAAGAAAUGCAAGAUUAAUAUUUAUUCUUAGUUUUUAGUUCAUAAUAUUAUGUAUUAAUUAUUAAUAGGUAGAAAUUUUGUUCAAAAGGAGGAUUAGUUUAUCCAUGUACAUGUGACAUGUAUUUUUGUACUUCUUGUGUUUGUAAGGUCAGCUAGCUGGCAAGACAUCAGCGAGUUGAGUUAAUCUAGAGGUUUUUAUAUAAUUAUUUUGCAGAGAGAUGCAAUGUUGUAUUCAGCAACAGUGCAUUCAUGAUAUAUUAUUCUGUCGUAAAGUUUCUCUCAGGUUCAACUGUUUGCAGAGUUGUAUUAUUUCUUGUUGGUAAACUUAGAAUCCAACACUAACUUGUCUUGUACAGACCUUGUUACUUUUAAAAUCAGUAGUACCCACCCCUUAUCGUGGAGUUAGACUGUAAUAUUUUGGUACAAUAUAUUUACCCUUCCCACUAUCAAAUAUAAAGUGUUCUAUUGGAAAGUGUGGAAUAUAAAUUAAAGACGAGUAAUGUAUUUUAUAUUAUUUUAUAUUGAAAUGUAGAAGUUUUGAGCAAUAAGUAAUUUAAUUGCUGUACAUUUCUACUGCUAUUCAGCAGAGUUUACAUGAAGCUCAAUCUCGGAGAUCGAAAGAUUUAUGGUUCCAUGGAUACAGUGGUGUUCGUUACAGAAACACUAGCAUACAUAAAUGUUGUGGUUGGAAUUAUGUUGUCUUGGUUUAAAUUUUAUUUCCGUUUGUUACAAGAAUACCCAUUAUCGUACAUAAAUGCAAAUUAUGCAUAAAAACAAAGGAAAGUAAAACAGGCAACCAAGAAUUUAAUUGAACAACAACUUAAACAUGCCUUACUUACCAGUAACAUUACACAUUCUUCAUGUUCUUAUUAUUGCUCGUUUCAGUUCGUUGUCACUUAGUUGUGGCCUUUAGUCUCGCACUUUUAGUUAGUUCUACUGUAUUUUCAUGAUUUGCAUUCUCCAUUAAACAGUGAAGAUUCAGCCUAUAUUAAAUACAAGGUCAUCAUAUAUUGUAUGCAUUAAUUUGCAGUGGUAUUCAGACAUAAUAAUUAACCAUUGCCUAUAGGAAUCAUUCAACUGAUUUGAGUAAUUUUGUUAUUUAUUUUGUCAAUACUACUGGAUGGUAAACUUUUCUUUCAGCAAAUAAGGAAUUUUAAGGCAGUCUGACUAAAAAUCUAAUGUGAAUUGCUAGCUGACUUGAUUACCCUUUGCAGUCUUAACCUGUCAACUUUACGAAUGCAACUUAGAUGUAUUUAUCUGUUUGAUUUAAAGUGAUUUAUAAUUUAUAUAAAUUUGUUAUCAAGUUUAAUAUAAACCCUUUU